CUCCAGGUUUUUAACUAGACCUUGUCCCCUGGUUUAACGUAUCUGUCCUAGAUUAAUGGUGUAAGACACCAGCUGGAAGACCUGAGAAAGGCCUCUGCCACAGAUCCAUGAUUCAUACUGGUUACUUCAGAGAAAAAUCUACACCGCCAUGGGUUCAUUCACGGGGCAACGCAAGAUUCUGACAGUGGUGUUGGUCUUUCUGGCUUCGAUCUUCUACUUCAAGAUGCCCUGGCCUGACAACACCAUCCCUCGGCCCCCAGCACCUUGCUGUGCCUCUAAACCUGUCCCCACGCCCUCCCUCUUGGAGUCUGUCUCCCAGGAGUUUGGCAACCUGACCCAUCUUUUGUACUGGCCUUCAAGCCCAGGAGAAGAAAAGGACCUAUUGGCCUCCACCAGCCCCCAGAACUCCACCUACCACCUGAGGGGUCCUGCGCAGGCCAGCUAUGCCCUGGGAGGCUACCUGGAGGCCAUCCUUGUGGCCAGAGACCAUAGGGGCAGGCCCAAGACCCAUGGUGGGGAUCUGUUUCGGGCCCAGCUGCUGGGUCCUGACUUGAAGGCAGGGGUCCCUGGGGAUGUCCAGGAUCUGGAGAACGGCACAUACCUGCUGUCCUUCCCCCUUCUUUGGGCUGGGCAGGCCCAGGUGCAAGUGCGGCUGAUCCAUUCCAGCGAGGCAGUUGGGGUUCUGCGAAGAAUCUGGAGAGAGAAAAGAGCCACUGUUGAUUUUAGAGGGUAUUUCCGGGGACCCACGGGCAUUGAAGAGACUGUGAUUUGCAAUGUUGACGCUCUGUCCAUUGGAACAAGAGGGCCUACCUGCCAGUACAGAAAUACGGAUUCGGGUGAAGUCUGGUUCUGUGCUCAGCCCUCUACCCUGCCCUGCAACUCUUUAGUUGGGCACUCAAGUGGAAGUUACCUGAAUGUAACUACUCUACGUGAUGAGGCCCUGCUGGCAUGGAAAGUGACAGACAAGGUGCUCCCUCGGGGCAUUUCUCCAAUCCAAGUCAGAAGGGCAGCCCCAGGAAACAGCAGCCUGGCCCUACCCUCUCGACCCCCGUGCAGGCCUGGGCUCCCUACCGCAAAGCCCUCUGGCUUCUACCACGGGCAUGUGUGGCACUCGCUGUCCUGCUCCAGCCGCUCCUUUCCCACUGCUAACAGCAUCCUGGGCUGCCUGGCUGGUCACGUCGUCCACAUGAUGGGGGACUCCACGCUUCGGCAGUGGUGGGAGUAUCUGCGUGACACCGUGCCCUCCCUGAAGCCGGUGGAUCUACACGUCACGUAUCAGACAGGGCUCCUGAUGGCCGUAGAGACCACUCGGAACCAUAAGUGCCUGCACUGGCGCGGCCCACGGCUUGGCCCCUGCGCUCCCUUCCGCACACCAGUGCCCUCCCUGCACUCCGUGGUCCAGGGAGCUGGGAGGCCUGGCUGGGGGCCCCACACCGUGGUGGUGCUGGGGCUGGGCGCACACUUCACCACCUUCCCUCCAUCCGUCUUUGCGCAGCGACUGGCAGGGAUCCGGGCAGCUGUGGCUGCGCUGCUGGCCCGGGAGCCCCACACUCUUGUGGUCAUCAAACUGGCCAACACUGGCUACAAGUCCGUGUAUGGCAGUGACUGGUUCACCCUCCAGGUGAACCGGCUCCUCCGAGCUGCCUUUGCUGACCUCCGUGUGGCCUUUGUGGAUGCCUGGGAAAUGACCUCCAGCCUGGCCCUGCCUGACAGCAUCCACCCAGUGCGGCUCAUUGUCCAAAACGAGGUGAACUUCCUCCUCUCCUUCAUCUGCCCCACCUGAGCGCUGCUGUGGAUUCUGGGGCUUUGUGAAUGGAAGCCAUAGGAAUUGUGAAGAGGAUCAGAGUGACAAGGGACUCCGAACUAACAAUGAUCCAGAGAAGAGUGGCUACCCCAAUGUUUAAUUACUGUUAGCCCUGGGAGACAAUCCUUGUGUACAUUAAUGAAAGAUUUUACAUAAAUGAAAUAUUUUACAUACCUUCUUUUAAGUUCACUUCGGGGGACAUUUUUACUGGUGUGAUUGCAGAUUAC